AAACGUUAACAGUCGUGACCGGUGGGCGCCGGGAGGCAAUAGGACAUCCGCAAAUCCAUUGCCCGCCAAUAUUCGACUCUACACGAGUGUUAAAAUCAACUAAAAAUAGUUAACAUAAAAUUUCACGUGAAUUUCGUCGCAAAUAUUGAUUUUUACAGCCACCAAUUUCAACUCUCGUUACCCCGUGGGUGUCCCCCCCUCCCUCCCUCCCACCUACCACUGUCCCGAAAAUUUCCAAUUCCGGUGAUAGACUAGAGUCAUUGAGUUUCAAUCGGCGAUUGAGAAGUGUAACCUCGUGGCCAGACGGGGAGUGGGUCCUGCCGGCUUCGAGUAUGCUCGUCAGCUGCUUCAUCAUCGCCGGCGUAGCUGCUGUGGUCUCCUCGGCCGGUGGUCACGGCUUCGAUGCACAUCUCCGUGGACCAAGUUUCCUUAUCGAGCCCCCAUCACGUGUGGAAUUUUCAAAUUCAAGUGGCGCCUGGUUAGAUUGUGCUGCCACUGGCAAUCCAACCCCCAACAUAGACUGGUCCACAGCUGAUGGCCUACCCGCCACUGAUGUUCCCGGUGUCCGGAGAGUACUCAGAAAUGGCACCCUCGUGCUACUUCCCUUUCAAGCUGCAGCAUUCCGACAGGACGUUCACAGUGCUGCUUACAGAUGUGUUGCAAGUAACUCGGUGGGUCGAGUACUCAGUCGAGACGUACAAGUACGGGCCAUUGUGACCCAGGCGUAUUCUGUCGAUGUAGAAGUAGUCGAGGGAGUAUCUCGGGGCUGUACAGCAAUUUUGAGAUGCGUAGUACCAAGUCACGUGAAGGAUCUCGUGAGAGUUGUAUCGUGGCUGCAGGAGCCAUCAUUUCACAUAUACCCGUCGCUCCAAGGGGAUGGAAAAUUUCAUCUACUACCCACUGGUGAAUUGCUGGUCCACGGAUUGGAGUUCAGUGACCAGUUUCUUAGUUAUAGGUGCAGGACAAUGCACAGACUCACACGACAAGUGGUUGUCAGCACAUCGGCAAAUCUUAGGAUCGCUGAGCACGGAGGCAUGAUACCGCCAACGAUACUAGAGCACUCGGGCACAAUCUACGUAGGACAGGAUGAAUCAACUUCCCUAGUUUGCCUAGCAAAGGCCUGUCCCACCCCCGAGUACAGAUGGUACGCGCAAACCGGUGCCGAGCAAAUGCCAGUAUUAUCCGGUCCUAGAAUGAGAUUACUCGGGCCAGUGUUGGCCAUGGAGGCAGUGACACUGUCUGACAGUGGUGUAUAUCAGUGUCUAGCCUCCAAUCUCGGUGGUGAGACGAGCGCUGAGCUCAGGCUGGUGGUGAUGGCGCCUCUUAACGUCGAAGUAUCACCCUCACUUCUGAGUGUCCACCUGGGGGGCAAUGCUGAGUUCACCUGUGUCGUGGGGACACAUUCACAGGCUGGACAGCAUUUUAUUACUUGGUACAAGGAUGGAAGACAAUUGCCCGGAGCUGGACGACAAUCAGAGACACUUACACUCAAUGGAAUUGGAAGGGAGGACAGGGGAAUGUAUCAGUGUAUUGUCAGACGUGGGGACGACACUGCUCAGGCUUCGGCGGAACUGCAGCUCGGGGAUGCACCACCGAUCAUAAUGUACUCCUUCAUCGAGCAGACUCUCCAGCCAGGGCCAGCUGUGUCCUUGAAGUGCUCAGCAGCGGGGAAUCCAACACCUCAGAUAAGCUGGGCCCUCGAUGGAUUUCCUUUACCCACAAUAACCAGAUUCGUUAUCGGCCAGUAUGUCACUGUCCAUGGAGAUGUGAUAUCACAUGUGAACAUCAGUCAGGUGAUGGUGGAGGACGGAGGAGAGUACUCGUGUACUGUGGAAAAUAGGGCAGGGAAAGUCACACAUGCAGCAAGACUCAACGUUUAUGGUCUCCCCUACAUCCGGAUAAUUCCCAAGGUAGCAGCAGUAGCAGGUGAGACCCUUCGUCUCAAGUGUCCAGUAGCGGGUUAUCCAAUAGAAGAAAUUAAAUGGGAGCGGGGAGGUCGCGAGUUACCAGACAAUCUCCGCCAGAAGGUUAUGCCAGAUGGUACCCUGAUGGUCUCCAGCGUUCAGAAGGAGACGGACACAGGCAGUUACACCUGCUGGGCGAGAAAUAAACAGGGCCACAGUGCCAGACGCUCCGGCGACGUGACAGUCAUAGUUCCCCCAAAAAUUAGCCCGUUCACCGCUGAUCGGGAUCUCCAUCUCGGUGAACGAACAAGCCUCACUUGUUCGGUGACACGUGGCGAUCAGCCAAUAAGAAUCAUCUGGCUCAAGGAUGGACGAGCAAUGGGGCCGUCAGAGCGUGUCUCUAUCACCAAUGUCGAUCAGUAUAAUAGCAUACUGAUGAUUGAAAGUUUAUCUCCAGAUCACAAUGGCAAUUACUCGUGUGUUGCCUCAAAUCCAGCGGCCGAGGUAUCACACACCCAGCAACUAGUGGUUCAUGUACCCCCUAUAAUUGAGCCAUUUACCUUCCAAGAGGGACUUUCCGAGGGGAUGAGGACGCGCACGGUGUGCGGGGUCGCGGCGGGUGAUCCACCCCUAACAAUAUCCUGGCUAAAAGACGGCCACACGCCCUUCCUAUUGUCCCAAAAAUCAGCAACCGAUACUAAUAUAUCCCAAUUGGAUGCUUACUCAAGCCUACUGAGCAUAUCAAUCCUAGCCGCUGAACACUCUGGUGACUAUACCUGCGUCGCCGCGAACCCCGCCGCCGAGGUCAGGUACACGGCCAAGCUUCAGGUAAAAGUGCCUCCCCAUUGGCUGGUGGAGCCCAUGGACACCAGUGUUGAGAGGAAUAGACACGUCUCCCUGCAUUGUCAAGCACAAGGAGUACCAACACCUGUCAUUGUCUGGAAAAAAGCAAUCGGAGGUAAAUCUGGCGAGUACGAGGAGCUGCGCGAAAGUUCUUACACAAAACUUUUGAAUAACGGCACCCUGGUCCUUCAGCACGUUAAGGAAGACAGAGAGGGCUACUACCUGUGUCAAGCGAGCAAUGGCAUUGGCACUGGCAUGGGCAAAGUGGUCCAACUCCGUGUCAACUCCUCACCAUAUUUUGCUGCUCCAUCAAGACUUGUCACUGUUAAGAAGGGCGACAUGGCGACGCUGCACUGCGAAGUUCAUGGCGAUAAGCCUGUCACCGUUUCUUGGCUAAAGGGUGGGAAAAUUGAAUUGAAUCCAUCCACAAAUUAUCGUGUGACAACAAAAACGGAAGUGACACCCGACGGUGUGGAGGCGCAGUUACAAAUAUCCUCAGCGGAAGCAUCCGACAGCGGAGCAUACUUCUGCCAAGCGAGCAAUCUCUACGGAAGAGAUCAACAGUUGGUUCAAUUGCUCGUCCAAGAGCCGCCGCAGCCGCCUCACGCCCUGGAGACAGCAAUGAUAGCCCCCAGGAGUAUAAACGUCAAAUGGCAGCACCGCGCCCAGGACACCCGCGAAGUAACCAAGUACAUUCUUCAGUACAAGGAGGGAGAGAGCGGUAUGUGGCAGCAGCAGGAAUUAACUGGUCCACCAUUGCCAUACGCAACUCUGAUUGACGAUCUGAAGCCAGCGACCAGGUAUACAAUUCGUAUAAUUGCUGAAGGCCCGGCCGGUAGAUCCUCACCGUCAGCCGAAUUGGUCGUUCGUACUGAGCCCCAGAGGCCAGCUGGACCUCCCAUAAAUAUCGCCGCUCGUCCCAUUUCUCCGACGGAAAUACUCGUCACGUGGUCGCCACCCCUCGCCGAAUUACGACACGGGGAUAUUCAGGGAUUCAACGUUGGAUUUAAAGAGACCAGCGGUGGAAAUCCGUCGUUCAACUUCACUUCGGUAUCUGGGGAUGGCGAGGAGGGCGGGGGUGAACUCCGUCUCACGGGGCUGAGACCAUAUACCAGAUACACAAUUGUUGUUCAAGCAUACAACCAGGUCGGCUCAGGACCACAAUCCGAACAACUACCUACGCAAACAUCGGAAGGCGUGCCGAGCAAAGCUCCCGACGACGUUCGUUGUGCCGCACUGACGUCUCAAUCACUACAAAUUUCAUGGAAACAACCACCAGCUGCUUUCGCCAACGGGAAUAUACAGGGUUACAAAUUGACUUAUGAACCAGUUAUGCCCGACUCCUGGAGUAGUAUCGAUGAGAUGGAGGUGAGGAAAACGGGGAGCAUGACCAUGAUCCUUGCGGGACUUCGAAAGUACACCAACUACAGUGUUCAGGUUCUCGCUUACACUCGUGUUGGCGAUGGUGUGCCCUCCAGGUCCAUGUACUGUCGCACUAAGGAAGAUGUGCCAGGCAGCCCAGCGGAUAUUAAAGUUGUUGUCAGCUCACCCCAGGCACUUUUUAUCUCCUGGCUCCCACCACUGGAACCUAAUGGCGAAAUUAACAAAUACAAUUUGUACUCCAGAAUAAUGGACGGCCGCGAGGAAUUGAACCACGGAAAGAGAGUUCUCGCUUCCACAAACACCUUCUUCGAAGUGACGGGACUCCAGCAGCACGUGGAGUACCAAUUUUGGGUGACAGCUAGCACACGCGUCGGCGAGGGCCAGAGCUCGACAGUGGCUGCUGCAAUGCCGAAGAACCACGUGACCGCAAAAAUAACGUCCUUCGGGGGUAACAUCGUAAAGCCAUGGCGUGGAUCUGUCACGAUGUCCUGUCACGCAGUGGGAGAUCCCACCAGGGAGUGGUUCAAGGGCCUCUCCGAGCAAGUGCAUUCAGACAGCAGUAGAAAUAUUCAAAUUCUGCAGACCGGAGAGCUUGUGCUGUCCAAUAUUCAGUUGCAGGACAGUGGAAAUUACACAUGUCAAGUGGAAAAUUCACUGGGGAGUGAUAGACUCCAUUACAGUCUCAUUGUCCAAGUGCCACCGAGUGCUCCAGUCCUCUACGUCACCAGCUCCACUGCGACGAGUGUCCUCCUCCACUGGAAAGCUGGAUACAACGGUGGCUCUCCCACCACGGGCUACACUCUGCAUUAUCGAACGACGCACGGGAAUCUAGAUGAACUCCAGUUGCCCCGACGAUCCACCAAUCACGAGUUGAAGGGCCUCCUCUGCGGCAACAUGUACCACUUAUACCUGACCUCACACAACAAAAUUGGAAGCAGUGCAGCAUCUCCAGUGCUCUCAGUCCGAACGCAGGGACAACCACCUGGUAUUCCACCUGCUGCUGCAUUUCUUUCUCCAAACUCCACUACCCUAGCUUUGCGCCUGUCCACGUGGCCAGACAAUGGCUGUCCCAUUCAGUAUUUCGUCAUUCAGUAUCGCCCUAUGGACGAAUUUCACUGGACUCUUGUCUCUAAUAAUGUUGCGCCGCAGAAGAGAUUCUUGGUUACCAAUCUGUCACCUAGCACUGUCUAUCAGCUGAAGGUGGAGGCCUACAACGUCGCGGGGAGCAAUCAGGCAGAGUUCAGCUUCGUCACGCUGACGAAGGAUGGGGAUGCACCCCCACCAGAGUUGACGGAUCGCGGCUCGGCGUCGGCGUUGCCCUUUUACGCCGACGUGAAAGUCAUGAUUCCCAUGAUAAUUUCCACAUUCGCUAUUUUUGCGGUAUUUGCCGGGGUGGCAUUGAGAUUCAAGAGUAGGCAUUUGGGGGACCGCCAGCAGCGGCCGAUGAAGGAGACCCAGGAGAAUCAGCAGAACGCCGAGACGCAGAGGGAGCGGUACUACGCGACGAUUCACAAGGUCGCUCUUCAGCAGGCUGCCAACGCCGGGGGGCCCGACAAGAUUCCAGAGACGGCGGAGGACAUCUCUCCGUACGCUACGUUCCAGCUUUCGGAGGGGGGAGGGGGAAGCCUGGCAGGGCUGGGAGGAUUGGGAGGACUUGGAGGUGCGGCCGAAGCGUCAGCGGCGGGUCUCCAUCCCAACAACACUCUCCUGCACAGCUUCAUGUACCACGAGCAUGCGAUGACGGAGGGGUGCGCGAGUCCACCGCCAGCGGUGACGAGUAUGAAGAGUGUGUCGUCACGACGACGCCAGCAGAGGAAGCAACAUACACACGGGGACGACAGCGACGAGAGCGAGUCUGACCCGGACCAAUUGACUCGUUCGAGAACCGAGUCGUCCAACCAACUGGACGCGAGCAAACUAAAGCACAUUCGCGCUGUUUCGGAUUUCAUUUACCACGGCACGUCGAGCACCUCGUCAGAUAUAUCGCCAAUGUGCGAGCAGAAGUCGUUACCGAGACGAGGACGAUCCAGAUGGCACGUUCCCAGCAGGAGUUCCCUGAGGAUGCUGCUCCCCCCGAUGUCAGUGGCCGAGACGGCAUUUGUCAGUAAUCAAGGAAACAUACCUGGCAAUGGCGAUAGGAACGAUCGACAUGAACUGAGCGAGGCCGAGUGCGAUAUUGAUUCACUGAAGAAGCCAAAGCUCGGCCUCAGAAGUUCCCUGUGGUCGAGACCCGGCACACAGAACAAUCCCUCCUCGGAUUACUCCAUUGCAGUUUAAAAAAAAUGACGAUUUGACAUGAAAAUGAAAAAGUCUCAAGUAAAUUUGAAAAAAAAAAACAAAUUGAACUCUCAGCGUUCCAGGAGGCACGUCGAUACGGACCAUCCCCUCACCAAGGAGCACUCGUCAUGACCAACUAUUUGUUGUUUAAGAAUUUUUUCGACUGACAAACGAGCCUUUGGAGAUAAUAACAGACUGACGAUCGUCCAUAUACUGCCGAUACCACAGUCUUCCUUUAAUACUUCCUCAGAAAUAUCAGGUCUAACAAUAUGUUCUUCCUCUCUACCACUGCCAGAGCGUUCGGGCACAUCUCCGAAGGCCUCACCUAUCAACUAUCACUGAUCAUUGAACCAAUAAUUCAUAAAUUUUGUAAAUAAUUUUUUGUAUGAGUUCUUGCGCAUGACGAGGAGCACGAGUAAAUGCGACGGAUGACUGUGAUUGAAGAGUGCUGCUAGUCGAUGUUAAAGGAGAGGACUUGACGCUGUGGAGUCUGCCCACGAUGUAUUGAUGCGUGCCAAAGAUAAGUAAAUGAAUAAAAAAAAAUCAUUGACAAAAAAAAAAAUUAUAAAACUAAUCGACAAUUUGCUCAGUACGCUUCGGGACAGCCUCUGAAAGGUCUAAUCGAUAGCGAUAACCCAUCCGAGACCAAAAGACUUUUGACUAUUCGUACGGCUAAUUUGUGCAGCAGCAUUUCCCAGAGUCCAUCGGGCCAUAAACGCUAUUUUAAUGGGUAGCGACGGGAGUAUUAAAUUUUGGGGAGAUCAUUGCGAGAAGAAAGACAUUCGGGAAUUCAUGAAAAUUUGAGAAAAGUGGGGGUUUCGGUAGGAUUUUUUGGGUGACAGGCCAAAAUUCCCGUCUACAAUUCGUCUCGAGAUCCUAUAGAACUGAUAUCAUUAAUUCUAAUCUUUAAUUCAUCUAGUU